CCAUGACAGCUGUCCACGUGACGAAACGUCUGAAGCGUGUGCAGGCCAAUCCCCUGGAGCCUAUUCCAGUCACGCCGACGCCGAAAGUUCUGCUUGUUUCGUACGGCAGUCGCAGCCACAAGGACUCAAGACGCACGGACACGGCCUCCCCACUCGUGCCGGCGACUCUGGUUCAAUGCGAGGAUCUUCGCCAGGACGCGCAGCCCACUCAUUUUCACAAUGACUCCAUAUUUGACAUACUUCUUCGUGGUAGUUGCGGUUCACCUGAUGCUUCCUGUCACGCGGGCGGUGCUCAUGGACUACGCCACAUUCAACGCCAAGGUGGCUUCGUCCUGUUUUAACGAAUCGUUGGCGCACUCGGAAUCAGCCCCGGCGCAAACCCUGGACGCCUUCAGGUCACUGGUGCGCAAACUUGAGGCCGCCCACCCAACCUUGGACGUUGCUGACACGGCAGCCAUGCUGCUGACACGCUUCUCGAUCGACUUUGUGGACCACCAGCGUCUGGCAAACGGCGGCGAGCGGUUUCUGGUGGACUCGGCGCGGGAGUUGAAGGCGGCCAUCUUGGAGGCCAUGUUGCGCAAUGCACAGCCCCAGCAGCCUUUCAACGAGGCCAGCCUAAGUGAAGGAGAAAAGUGCGCCCUCUUCUACAUGCUUUCACACACCUUCAACACUGGGCCUCCACCGCGGAACGGAAACACGCUUCUGAAGAACGUGCAGGAGCAAGGCGUCGUCGGUGUGGCCCACAACGCGACCAUGAGCAUCGCCCUGGGUCACGUGCUCAAGGGCUUGGUGGCCAGCAAGUACGCGCAGCGGGACACGGCCGAGAACGUGCUGCGCACGCUGAAGCCCUACGGACACGUGGACCAGGGUCACGCCGUGGUAGACCACGUGUACGGACCCACGGUGGCCGUGCACCUGGGAACGGUGUCUUCGUGGUCAAACAGCAAGUUGCCUACCAUUGGGGGUGGCGGUUUGUGGACCACGCCCACGUGUCCGCGGGAGUUCCGGGUUGCUGAUAGGACGGCGAAGCUCACCGAUGCAGAGAUGGUCGGCACCCUGGAUGGUUUUAUCCUGGCCAUGACGAUGAAGAGAAUGAACAAAGAUCGACCGCGCCGACUAAGCCAGAUUAUCGAUGGCUACUACAGCUUCAGGGGCAUCCGGGAACUUCUUCCUGAGUUCCCCGACGGCCUUUCUUAUUGCAAGCGGAAGCAGGCCGUGGCACGGCUAUUGUCGGCACCCAGGUUGGAAGAACAAGUGGUGCUGGUGGCGAGAAUGUACGCUCAGCUGGUCAACGACGCUGACCUAAAGCGCAGUACGCUGAAGAACUCGCUGCUGCCCACCCUCAAGAACUUUCACUCCAGACUAGACCAUCUGCUCAAACCAUCAAAGGAGUGCGUUGAAAGCAACGAUGAGAGCCUGGUCACUUGCGAUACGCAAACCGACGUUCUCAUUCUACUGGAUCCUAUCCCUGGUAACACCAUCUACGAGAAUUACCAAAGGAAAAUUGCCAGCUACAUGGCCGAGAGGCUGCUGAAAACGGGGGGCCGUCACACGGCGGUCAGCUUGUCGACAGCUGCCCUAAGCGAAGACGCCACCGAGCUGGAGCUGACGUACAACUCACGUCAUGACACGCACGCUUCGCCAUCUUGUGCCAUCGAGAACAUGGCAGGAAAAGGUUGCUUGCAGUGCACAGAAGUGGACAUAUGGCGCGCAGUGCUUAAGACAUGGGACAGGCUCCGACCCAGAGGACAGCUAGCCUAUCCACUGUCUCCAUCCAAGGUGGUUGUUUACUUCAAGUUCAGCUCCUUCAGAGCGAGUCUCGAGGACGUGCACACAGUCGUUCAGCACCUUCGAGAAAAGCAUGAGGAUCUCAAGAUCUUCACUGUGGGGCCACGGACCGACAUCUUGCGCGCUUUCAAGCACGGGCCCCGCGACUCCGUCGUGGUCAUUCCGAACUCCAUGGACGACGUGCUGCUCAGGAAGAUUACACGCGAACUUGCCGAAGAGGUUUGCCGAGCUCCAAUGGGCAUCCUAUGCCACGAGUGUCAACGUUCAUCGGUCGGGCACACCUCUGAUACCAUAGAGGACUUCCAAGCUCCUCUAACAGUUCGGCACUGGGCACUGCAUCCAGGGCACUUUACCGACGUUCCUCGAAUAGUGAACGUUACGUUCGAGUCAUUCCACCUGCCGAUUAAAGUCUGCCUUGACCGCUUCACUUCAAAUGGCACAAAGGUGGCAACGUACAGCGACCUUUGCCAAGAGACAGGCAGCAAAGUGAAGGCCAUUCGGUACAGCGUGAAGAAAGUUUGCGCCAGCGAAGAGUCGUCAAGUUGUCACUCACUCCAAUUCUCGGUAACGGCGCUGUCGAGAAAAGCGGGCGAACCAUUCCUGGAGUGCACGGACCCAGGUUGCCAGCUUCCUGACCAAACGAAAAUUCUGAUCUCAUACGACAUCGAUUUUCACUUCGGCCAGAAGAAAGUUUAUUCUGGGAUUGAAGAACGAGUCAACGUUCCUCUUCCCAGAGCUCCUGACACGCCUCAGUCGUUGCAGAGAGCACUCAGCUUGAAGUGCCCAAAGUACACACAGACCAACGGCAGUGCGCCUUCUGAGAUAGACCAAUAUUUAGCCCUGAGUGUGGGUUACUUCAUUGACAUAGUGCAAAAGAUUGAGGCGGCGUAUCCCGAAAGGAACCUUUUUGACAUCGCCAGCUUACUGCUGAACUGGUUCACAGUGAGCGACUACGAGCUCGCCGACAGCAACAAAGUUGGUCGGGACCUGAGCGAGCAGUUGACCCUGGAGUCUUGGCUGAGCCCGUGGCCUCGGGGCCUGGAAGAGCACCCGAUGACGUUCAACAAGAGCAUCCUCACUGAGAGAGAAAUGUGUGCGCUCUUCCUCAUGCUCCACCACUCGUUCCAUGAGAACAGACAGAACGACAGCCACUUCACUGUUGAAAAGGGCGUGGCGCAAGUCACCUGGGAAGCGCCAAAGAUCGCCGUGGCUUUGGGCAAAGUGCUGCAGGGCAUUGUCGUCGGCAUGAUCCAGAGGUCUGAAAACCUCACCGACAUCUGGCAAGCCGACGAGCCAGCCAAAGACUCUCGAGUUCCGCCCAUAGAUCCUCUCCUGUCGGCUACCGUCGGUGUGGUUCUGGCCGUUUCAUCAGUGGAGAGCCUACUGAACCGCCAUGGUGGAAGUGUCAUCAGCCACGAAGGAGUCUGGCUUGGGGAGUCCUGUCCCGGCGCCUACAAAACGGGAGGGAAGCGGCACUGGUGCUCUUACAGCGUGCUACGAGGUGCAAUUGAUGGCCUUCUCCUCGGCAAGCACGCCCGCCUCAUCGCCUCCCGAGGCAUGCCCCUGAGUCGGCUGCUGAGUCUGUACUACGGUGUUUCCGGCAUUCCCCGAGCUGUGCCCGGUGUUCCAGGGUUGUCGGUGUGCGGCCGACGGGAGUUGCUGUACCCGUACCUGCGGGACGGCCUGCUCGAAGGCAAUGUGAGCCACAUGGCGCGUGCCUACCUGUUGCACCGCUACGGCCAAAGUUCGAAGAGGCUCAGCCUGUUCGUGGCCGCGGCCACGGACGAAUUCUUGCAGAGGCUGAGACGCGACCUGCUCAGACACCCUGCAUUUUGCGACCGCUACCCGCCAACCCCAGACCAAGCGGAGUGCAGAACACCAGGUGACAUCUUCGUCGUGAUGGAUGCCGACGCAUACGCCAAUGACCUGUGGAUGACGCAACAAAGAAGAACCGUCGAACUCUUGGCGCAGCGCCUGAACAUUGGUAGCCACAGCGGCCGCUUCAUGCAUCUCUACGUGAACAAGCGCGACAUCGACGGGGCGCUGCAGCUGCAGUUGGCGAACGAGACGUCGUCAUCGACUGUCAGCUGUUAUGCGCGUAGUGCAAACUUCUCUGAGAUUGCGACAGACAACGAGGUGGCUGUGCUAGAGUCCCUGAGAAAUCUGCUGUCCAACAGCCUCAACAGCAACAGAGGCCCACUCGCUCCAUCAACGACCAUCGUUAUAUUCAAGUUCGGCCACCUGCGCUCCCCACAUCAGCGGUUAAAACCAUUACUGCCAAGAGUUCUUGGAAGCAACGAAGGUGCCGGUUCUAUCAUUGCCGUUGGGAACAAUCUGACGUCACUGAGACAAAUGGUGCGUCGAGAAGGCAGGGAUACGGCGAAAGACCAUGACAAGGUCAUGCUGCUAGCGGCCACUGAAGACGCAGCUGCGGACGUCGCAAAUAAAAUAGCAGACGAAGCGUGCACAGCUCCGGCACUUCUUCGUUGCUCGAGGGAUGCAGCAGAGAGCAAGGAACGGCUCUCCUUUGAAGGCGGCGUCACAGAGAAUGGUGUCGUCUACCUCAUGAUGGAUCCUGAGGACUACGACAAUUUCGACGACCUACAUAUAAAGAUUGAAGCCAUUGGCGGAGCACUGAAGGUCUGCCAGCAACGGUCGCGGUUUCAACACUUGAAGCUGCAGGACUGCGACACCGUGUCCAAGAAUGAGAUGAUGUUCAGACCCUCCUGCAAAGGCGAUCCCUGCAGCCCACUCUACCUGGCUAUCGUCGGGAUUUCGGAGGAGUGUUCUUCUUCUGGGAGAGCACUUAACAGUGCUUGUGCGCCAACUGGAAAAGUCGGAUAUCGCCUCACACUUAAACAUGUGAAUAAUACGUUGACUGCUGGAGCAUGACAUGUUCCGAAGCUACGUUGCUAUGUAUUUAUAUUUAUGAACAUUCAUGUCUUUUAUGGCGUUUUCGAACAAAUGAGCACCAAUUUCCUCCAUUUCCUAGCGGCGGUACGACCACCAUUGGAAUGUGGCCUCAAUAAAACGAUUCUUGU